GGCAACGUCAGAGAAAACCACAACGAGGCUUGCCUAGGCGUGCAAAAUGGACGACGAUUCAGUGCAGCAAGAAUCAAAUGAGUCUUACGGAGACGGGGACAGCAAUCAUCAAGAUAAAAGCGACGAUUACGGUGGCGGUUACGGUGAUUACCAAAAUUAUGGCGAACGGUUUCCAGGCCCAAGGGGCCCUCCUGGCCCUGGCGGCCCACGCGGUGGCCCUUGGAGAGGUCCCAGGCCACCGCCUUUUGGAAGAGGUCCACCACCAAGGUUUAGAGGCCCCCCGCCACCUGGCAUGAGGGGACCGCCUCCUCCAGGAAUGCGAGGUCCCCCUGGGAUGAGGGGACCAGGACCACGAGGUCCCCCGCCACCACACUUUGGGGGCAGGCCACCAUUUGAUCCCAACUAUGGCCCUCCACAUGGGCCCCCUGGCCACGGUCCACUGAUGGGACCAGGUGGUCCCAUGGGUCCACCAGGCAUGCCUCCUCAUGGACCACCUGGAGGUAUGGCUCCACCAAAUAUGGGCCCACCACAAAUGGAUCCAUACCCUAGGCCGCCUGGCACAGGCAUGCCCCCUACCAUCCCUCCACCAAACUUCAGUGUACCACCACCCGGCUUUAUGCCCCCUCCCAUGGGCGGAGGUCUGCCUAACAAUGACCCAGGACUUCAAGAAAUCUGGGUGGAGACAAAAACAGCGGAAGGAAAAACCUACUUCUACAAUGCCAAGACGAGGGAGUCAGCAUGGACAAAGCCAGACAAUGUAAAGAUCAUAACACAGGCUGAGGUUGAGCAGAUGGCAGUUCAGUCGGCGCAAGUGAAUGCCAUGGCCUCGGGCACUGGCUUCAAUUCCAUGGGACAGACAACACCUCUACAAGCUCACCCCACACCACACUCAGAUAUGCAGCAGCCAGGAGUGCCAGGUAUGCAGCCCAGUGUACCGGGCACCCAGCCUCCCUUCAUACCGCCGGCCAGCUUCCCGGGCAUGCCCACAGGCUUCGCCCCCAACAUGGUACCCCCGGGCAUGGGUGGCUACCCUGGGGCCAUGCCCACGGGUCCGCUGGGUGGGGCUACCUCACAGGCAGACAAUUCUGUUGUGGCCCAUAAACUUCCAUCUAGUCAGCUGCCACCAAAGCCCCCAGAGGUUGCUGAAUGGACGGAGCACAAGAACACAGACGGUAGGUCCUACUACUACAACUCCAAAUCCAUGGAGUCCACCUGGGAGAAACCGAAAGCCCUGGUCGACUGGGAGGCCAAGAUAACUGCCUUACAGACCCCUGUUGUCAGUGAGCCGGAACCUGUGAAGGUUAACGGGGCGGUUGCCAUGGAAACCAAUAGCAGCUCUGAGGCUGCCCAGAGCAAGUCAGACAGUGAGGAUGAGGAUGAUGAGCAGGAGGAGGAGAAAGAGGAGAAAACCGAGCAAGAGAAAGCCCAGGAGAAGUCCCGACCAGUAUCUAGCACACCCGUGUCAGGCACACCAUGGUGUGUAGUGUGGACGGGUGAUGGGCGGGUGUUCUUCUAUAACCCCAGCACCCGCACCUCGCUGUGGGAGAGGCCUGACGAUCUCAUGGGCAGGGCUGAUGUGGACAAGCUCACAGAGAGGCCCCCAGGCGAGAAAGCCCCUGUUACUGAAACAGCCAAGGAGGAUGGUGAACCAGCUGCCAAGAAGAAAAAGCCCAAUGAGGAGAAGGAGGAGGAGAAGAAGUCUCAGAUAGACAACAGCAAGGAGGCGGCCAUAGAGGCGGAGGUGCAGGCAGCCAGACAGAGGGCCGUAGUGCCACUGGAAAUACGCAUGAAGCAGUUCAGGGACAUGCUGGCUGAGAAAGCCGUGUCAGCAUUUUCCACAUGGGAGAAGGAACUACACAAGAUUGUAUUUGACCCGCGAUAUCUGUUGCUGACAUCCAAAGAAAGGAAGCAGGUGUUUGAGCAGUACGUGAAAGAGCGUGCCGAGGAGGAGAAGCAGGAGAAACACCGGAGACUGAGGGAGAAGAGGAACGCCUUCAAACAGCUGCUGGAGGAGGCCAAACUACAUGGAAAGUCUUCAUUCAGCGACUUUGCGAGCAAGUUCGGGAAAGAGGAGCGUUUUAAGGCGAUCGAGAAGAUGCGGGAGCGCGAGUCGAUCUUCAGCGACUUUGUGUCAGACGUACGGAAGAAGGAGAAGGAAGAGAAAUCACAGCAGAAAGAAAAGUCGAAAUCUGAGUUCAUGAGCCUUCUGAAGGAGACGUCGGACAUUGAGCGCCACUCUCGUUGGAGCGACAUCAAGCGCAAGAUUGACUCUGAUCCUCGUUACAAGGCUGUUGAAAGCAGCUCACGGCGGGAGGAUUGGUUCAAGGACUACGUGAAGACGCUUGAUGAAGAGUCGGACAACGAUGAGGAUCGUAAGACACGGGAGACUCGUGAGAAGCAGGAGCGUGUAGAGGCGAGCAUACGUAAACGAGAGGAGGAGGUGCGAAGCAGUCUGUCCACCAGCCUGCGCGAACGAGAGAAAGAACGAGAACUGCACAAAAAGGACGAGGCUAUACAGCUAUUUAACGCUCUUCUGGUGGACUUGGUACGUAACAGUGAGGCGCUGUGGCGUGACACCCGUAAGCAGCUGCGUAAGGACCACCGCUGGGAGCUGGCGAGCCUGCUGGAACGGGAGGAGAAGGAAACGCUGUUUGAGGAGCACAUAAAGGCACUUGCCAAGAAGAGCAAGGACAUGUUCCACAAGCUGCUAGACGAAACACCUGACUUGACCUUGAGUUCGUCCUGGAAGGAGGUCAAGAAGAUGAUAAAAGAGGACCCGCGCUACACAAAGUUCUCCUCCAGUGACAGGCGGCGUGAGGCUGAGUUUGAUGAAUACCUGAGAGAGAGGUAUGUGACUGCCAAGUCAGAAUUCAGAGAACUACUUAAAGAAACCAAACUGAUCACAUACAACAGCAGAGGCAAACUGCAAGAGUCAGAUGCCCAUAUGAAUGACAUCAUUAAAAUUCUAGAGAACGACAAACGUUAUCUGACACUGGAGCCUGUAGCAGACGAACGCAGGAAGAUUCUCAUUUCCUACAUUGAUGACCUUGACAAGAAAGGCGUCCCUCCCCCACCCACCGCCACUGAGCCUAGCAGGAGAAACAUCAAGUAGCUAUAGAAACAUAAAGGAGCACAUCAAGUAACCAAAGAGACACCAUGCAAACAUUGCUGACACGUGCAGGCUGAAGAAGGCUAACCAAAGUGUUCAGUGGAUUUGCGUUCCAUGUUAUGGUUGGGCUGUUGUCAUUGAAUGGAACUGUUUAAUUUUUAAUUGGAUUUUUUUUUUUCAGAAAUAAGCAACCAGAAUUUACCUUUGUUUAUAAUUGUACUGGUAUUCAUUCCAUGUUCUGGUAAGCAAUGGCUGGUCAGUUUUGUUUUUUCUUUCUUAUAAGAAAUAAAUACGUAAGUUAGUAAAUGUUUGAUGCACUGAAGGUUGAAAGGCAUUUUAUAACAUUUUAUUGGAGCUUGACUCGUGCAAACACAGGUGAAAUUGAAUAAGUCCUGGCCCUGUGUUAAGUAACAACUGAAGUAUGUAUGUUGUUAUGAAGGGGAAGUAACAACUGAAGUAUGUAUGUUGUUAUGAAGGGGGCAAGGAACAGGUUACUAGAUUUUGUGGUGGUUGCAAAUUGUUCAUUAACAUUUUUCAACUUGAUAGGAAAUGUCUAAGGGUCACAAAAAAGAGUAUGAAUGUUGUGUUUUUAAAAGGGACAAUGUCCAUGUUUCUGAAUGUACUAAAUGUUUUAAGUUAACACAUGUAGCACUCAGUUGUUAUUUGAAAGACAGGCCUAUCAUUGUUUCUGACAUUGAAUGCAUCAAAAUUUGAUCGUAUCAUUGUACAUAAAAUAAGGACAUAAGUACACAAUUGUGAAUUAUCAGAAAUGUGUGUGAACAGCCAUUCAGAUUUUCUUUUGUUUGAUUUUAAUAAUAUUGAAAUAUGUUUUCUUGUGAUUUGGUAUCAUUUAAGUUAUCUGCAUACUGUAAGUUUUACAAGUUUUAAGCUUUUAGCGAGUCUUUGCUUCUUGUUGCAGAUGUCUGUAAAUGGUUGAGCCUCUCUCUGAAUUGUACAACUUGUCUUCAUCUUACAACAUUUCAAUAGUAUGCUCAUUCGGAAAUGUUUUAUCAGUGUGUAAUAUUUUAUUAUUCUUUUGUCAGUAACUGGCACACUCAGCAUUUUUGUAAUCACAAACAGAACAUAGUUUGACAUCAUGUCGGUUGCAUUGUAAAACUUUGAUUGUAUUACCCUUGUUCUAUGUUCAUAUUUACAAACGCAAAUUGAUAAAUCAUGGUAAUGAUCCUCUUAAAUUCUGUCUUGACAUGACUUGUUUAUUGUACACGUUACAUGUUUAAACAACCAUACCAGACCGACAUGUUUGUUUGGUAUAUUAUGUCUAUGUUCAUAAGCAUUUUGUUUUGAAAGACUCUGCUCUGUUUGUGUCUUUCAGAAUAGAGGAUGAAAGUAA